AUGCGUCUCACAUCCCUUACGCCGAUUCUCCUCUCCACCCUCGCAGCCGCCAACACGCUCAACAUUACUGUCCUCGGCGCCCGGCAUAACCGCUCCACCCUUGAAUGCUGGGCUCUUGAGCCCGGUUUCACCACCUCCUCUGAGUCUGGUACGUCAGGCUCACAGGCUCUUAAUCUUGGACCCAUCGGCGGCGGCAAUGCAGGCAAUGCGACAUACACUAUCAUCCCAGCCGGAUUUGACGGUGGACGACAUAAUGCUCCGGAGCUGCAAUGGGUAGUCUUCCUCUCCGGCGUGGCGCACAUCACUUUGCCCAACUCUACUACUGAGGCAUGGAUCACAGGCGGCAAGAACGGAGCCAUUCUAGCCCUCGACACAGCCGACGCUAGUGCCCUGGGGCAUAUCACCACGUAUCCGUCGCAGGAAAAGACGAUUGCACUGGAGAUUCCUCUCGGCGCGGGGAGUGUACCAGGACAUACGGUGCUGCAUGAGGGAGCUUGUCGUGAAGCGGAGUUGCUUGAAUAA